AUCGAAGAGACGAUUCCUUUGUCUAGCUAUGGAUUGGACUCUCUCAUCGCCGCCCGUCUUAGUGGAAUACUUAGGGCAGAAUUCGGUGUCGAUGUCACACAAUUACAGCUUCUAAGUGGUCACAUGACAGUGCAGAGAUUGUUGUCCAUACAAGCAGAGAAAGAUACGGCUUCAACGCCAGAAAAUCCAGUCUCGACUAGCACUUCUCAGAGCACUUACUUGGCAGCCCGCCAGAGCGAGGACAGCGGUGGCCAGACCAUUGUGCACCUCAACGACGUAGCAACGGGCUGCCCAUUUUUUGUGAUUCAUGGCGCCGGGGGUGGCGUCAGCGUCCUACGAAAG